CAAGAUGCCAGAGGACACAACUCACCCGACUCUCGCGUUGCAAACAUUCCGCCAUGAUCCGGAUCCGUUGUGUGCUCGUGGAACGGUGGAAUGACACGACCAAAAUCACCUUUUUUCGCUCUCGCCAUUGUCUCCCGUCGCACCCCUGUCUCUCGGCCGAUUCAUUCUGCUGGAUCGAUCAAGGGGCAUUCAAAGAUCUGGCCUGGGCUCGUCCUGCGUAGCGAGACAGGUUGCUCUCUCAAAUUCUCAAUGGCCAACCACAGGCUGCCGGCAAGUUCCCGGAAUACGGAGACUGGGGGAUGAAUUCGACAGAAAAAAAGUGAGAGAUCUCGAUGCGUGCUGCUUGGCCGAGCACAGACUCAGACGGCGCCAUUGUCAACCUGCGUUCAAUUCUUUCAGGGCAGCAACAGACAUGGAUGCAAAGGGCCAAAUCCAGUCUACUUCAUCGCACCAGCCAGCCGAGCGCACUUCCGCCCUGUGGUGUCUUGUACGGGGCCUGAGACGUCGUGUGCUUUGUGUGGUGUAGAAGAGCAGGCGAUUCAUUGAACUUGGUCGUUCCCAGACGGAUGACGAGGGAACGGAACCACAACCACAUCUCGAUGUCGAUGUUGAGGCCUGUCACCCCAAAGCCCAUGUCAGAAUUCGAUGGCGACCAGGGGAUUCUGAGCAACGUUUCUCCAGCAAAGAAAAAGCCCGAUUCCGAUGCUGGUGGCCGGACUGCGACGCCACACCAAGGUGUAGGUACGCAACAAGGCAAGCAUGGGCAAAACAUGCCACAAGUGAGCAAAAUGCUCAUCCAGGCGGGAUCGAAAAGGGUGCAGGGGCCCAUGCUGGUGGAAUCGAGAUUAUGGGAAACCUGUUGCGGCGAUCGCUGUGAUCGCUGGGCCAAACGCAAAUCUGAGCAUCGGAUUCCGCUCCGACUCAUCACCCUGGCUCCCACACACACGCCCAUCGGUCAUCGCCCUGAGCGCCCAUGCAGUUCGUCACCGAUUGUCCUCAACGAGCGGCACUUGGCCGGAAGCAGCAAUGCCAUCGAUCAAAGAUAGCGACCCGAACCAGUCUGAGAGCUUGCGUUGACAACGGCUUAACAUCAGGGACGCCUCCCCACGUCCCAAGUCUAUGGAAGAUGGCACUGCCGGCUGUUAGGCUUCUGGUACGAACCCCGCUGCACCACCGCUGCCGUCCAAACAUGACGAGGUGACGCUCGUCGCCAUCAUUCCUCACCCCGCGCGAAGAUGGCUCUCCAUUUAGCGCAUACUCUGUCUGGACAAUAGGUAUUCUGCACCUCGUCAAGCGAGCACCCCCCUGGCAAGCAUCCAAAUGGGAGCUCUACGCAGUACGAACCGAGGAUAUGGGCCCGACCUAUUGGCAGCAGUCGUUGGUCCUUCCGCCAUCUUUCGUUGAUGUAAUGGCCCAUCUGACGACCAAAAUGCUGACCAGGAUUGGAUGGUAACGCUCGCUCUGUUACGAACAAAUCGGAGCAAGGGCCGUUUAUUCUGCUCUCCCAAAGCUCAAAGACUCCUCCUUGCUGAGCUUACCUCACCAAGCUCACCACCCAGGCCAGCAAGCAGACGCCGAAGACUCCAAAGAGACCCAGACCCUUAACUUUGCGGCAGGCCGUUCCAGGUCUAAACCCACCCCCCUCUCCACACUGCUGCUCCCGAUCACCGUGUUCCACGCAUCGACUCGCGAUCAGUCCUGCAACAUUAACGAUCGCUCCGCUUGCUGGUGGACAACGGUAUCUCCAACCAGCCCCUACCGUUCUGCCACCGAUUUUGCCCAAAGUGUACUUUGUACGUUUGCCUAAUAACGCCUGUUGCACCACCCAACGCACCUUUCAGCGAACAACGUUCCGUCUAUUCGAUAUCUUGGCUUGAUGACCUUACAUCCGUCCACAACGACCUGUCACUUUUUCCCUGACUCUGUCAACCAACGAUUUACACUUGAUAUAGCAGCUUUCAAGCAAUAAUCUUCAAAGUCCCCGAUCGACUUCCUUGCCAGCACAUCCAGACAUACGCAUAAUGCAAAGUGCCUAACCGCCUUACUCCGUACCAUAUCAUCGAUCGACAACCCUGCUCUCGCUCGCUGCUCGUACCGGCCAAACUCCCCCGGUCACACAUCCCGCUGCCUCCCAGUCACCCGUCACAUCGUCGCUUUAUAAUCACAUUCGGCCUUCAGGCUAAGCCAACCUUCACAAUGUCGAUGCAAGAGUUUCAAUACCCGGCCUCCUAUCUUCAAUCGCAGAAGACGGAACGCAUUCUAUCAUUUCGGGCACAAAAUCAAAUGUCGUCAACCAUGAAUCCGUGGGAAUCCUGCGCGCUCCAGUACCAAUUCUCCGAGGAGACUGAGCAAGUUGUGCGUGGAAAGCGUGGUACUUGGCGACAACCGCAAGCCGCCGCCGAUCCCGUCAUGUACCCUGGACUUUACUGCCCCAGCGGAUUCGACAUGAUGAGCAUUCUCCUCCGCGUCGCUGGAAGGCCCAACCCCAAGGUUGAACUUGGCGCAAUUGACUGUUCCGUUGCUCUACUUCUUUGUGACCUCGAACAGCCCGACUGCCCGAUUGUCUACGCCUCUGAACACUUCAGCAUUCUUACCGGCUACAAGAACAGCGAGAUUCUUGGCAAAAACUGCCGCUUCCUUCAAGCGCCCGGCGGAAAGGUCAGCAAGAAGUCUGCCAGGAAGCACAUCCCCAAGGAAACCGUCAAGAGCAUGCGCAAGGCUGUCGAGGCAAACGACGAGUUCCAGACCGACGUUCUCAAUUUCAGGAAAGACGGCACUUCCUUUGUCAACCUCCUCACCAUGAUUCCCGUCCGCUGGGACUCCCAGCACUUCCGGUACUCUGUCGGCUUCCAGGUCGCACGCGAGGAUUAAUUUUCGGCAACACGCAACACGCAAACACGAAAGUUGUUUUUUCGAUACUUCGUUAGCGACGCUUGUAAACGUUGGUCGCGAAGGCAACGAAACGUUUUCUUUACACAGGCAACAACUAUGUCACGACUUGAUUACGAGCGAGGCAUCUGCUAUUAGGCAUUUACGAUACCCACAUUACACGCAUGCGAGUUAGAGCCCACGCAUCUCGGGACACGAUACGACUCUUUAUUAUUAUUAUUAUUAUUUCCUUCAUUUCCGGGGUGUUUCCGCGGCGUUUUCCACCAGGACACGAAGAACGAUGAAAAAAGCGAAUUACUAUUGCAUGGAGAUCUGGAGUCACUUUUAGGUGCAUCAAGACCAUUAUCAACCAUCCGCGUCAUUGGAGUUGAUGGAUGGCAGGGGAAAGCGAAUUGAGAAACAAUCCAGCUUCAAAGCAUUUGGGAUGGCGUAUUAUCGACAGUCGGCACUGGCCUUGACUGUACGUGGGGGGGCUUCUUGGGAAUUUUCUAUCAUGUCCGCAACAUGAUAUCUUGAUCAUGACGAAAUGUUAUAGCAUAGCAGACGGCCCAAGGCCCUCGGCGAAUUGAGUUACAGGCGUUGUAUUUCGGGAAACACAACAUUUUGGUUUACUUUACGACCUGUGAUGAUUGUCGCCUGCAUCGUGACACUGCAUGUACGAACACCGCACACGAAUCAAUGUCUGAUAAUCAGGGCUGCGUCGAGGACAAUUCCACAAGUUGGAUAGGUUAUACUUGACGGCGCCCCCCUCACUUCCGACCAUCAUUGGCGUCAUCAAAGACCGGUGAGACACUUGCACAUGUUGCUAAACCCCAAC